AUGGAUUUUCUUGUCAAAAGGGGUUGUGAAGCUGCUGAAGCCAAGGAAUGGGACACAUUUAGGGCUAUCUUGGCUCUGAGCAUAUAUGGCAUCGUGCUGUUCUCAGAUGUUCCCAACUUUGUUGACAUGAAUGCAAUUCAUAUCUUCAUUUUGCAGAAUCCGGUUCCUACCCUUUUGGGGGAUGUUUAUCACUCUAUUCAUCACAAGAAUGGUCAGAAGGGAGGUAAGGGAGGUCUGGUUAGAUUCUGUGCUCCGUUGUUAUAUCGAUGGUUUAGGUCACAUCUGCCUGAACGUGGGGCGUUCGUUGAUAAUAGGCAUACAUCUAAAUGGGCUGAAAGGAUUAUGGGGCUGAGGGCCAAAGAUAUUAUCUGGUACAAUAGCGCUUUGGAUGACAGAGAAGUUAUUAUGAGUUGCGGAAAGUUCAAAAACGUACCUCUCAUGGGUCUUAGGGGUGGAAUCAACUAUAACCCCGUCUUGGCCAGAAGAACAUUCGGAUAUGCUUUUAUUAGUCCACCUGAGCAAGCAGAGAUAGCUGAGAAUAUUUUCUAUCAUGUGGCCACGAACAUUGGACAAAUGGCAGAAGCUGUGCAAGCCUGGAAGAGUAUUUGCUGGAGAGAUAAGAAACAUUUUGGUCAGCGAGAUUGUGCUACUUAUGAGGACUAUACUAAAUGGGUUGAAUCUGUGGUUGCUGUUCGAGGGAUGCUUUUCCCUCCCAUGGAUCCUUUAUACCCCCCUGCUGAGCUUGAAGAAUUGUAUGCUAGAGGAAGCACUUCUCAGAAGAGGUCAAGAAUGACUGUGAAUUCUAAAGCUAAUGAAACCCAAGAGAGGAAGAUCAAAGAGCAUUAUGAGGAUCAGUUGGCAGAAUUGACAAAAAGACUUCAGAUUCAGACUGAAAAUGCCAAUUCGGAGAAGACUCGUCGAAAGAAAGCAGACAAGCUCUUGUUGGAUCGCCAGAAUACCAUAAAGAAAUGUUAUGAAGAGAUCCGAAUGCUGAAGGGCCAGAUAAGAGAAAAAGACCAAGAUAAUGUCCAAGUUCAAGAGGAAGCUAGGUAUUGGGAGGUGAAGAACCGCAACAUGGAAACAAUGCAUUUCAGGAAAGACCUGCUGAUUCAAGAGAUCAUUAAGAGGCCCACCCGUGCUGAGACCAAGAAGCUCUUUGAAGAAAUGAAGACUUGGAGUGAUAAGCACAUUGGAGAUAGCCCUCUUCGCCAUUUGGACAUGGGAGAUCCUGUUUGA